CACCGAGAAACUAAAACAUAUUUGUGGCCACCAGCUUUAAACGAGAUGAAUUUUGGGCGGAGGGCGAUCUCUGUUGGACGAGAUAGACAAACAUAAUUGUCAGUCUCCAGAAUCCAAAUGCGAAACAUAACGCCAUCAUUCGAUAAAUCCGAAAAUCAUGGAGAAUAUCGUGAUUGUUUUGCUUUGGUUUUGCCUAUUGUUUACGUUAGGUUAUAAAUUAUAGAAAAUACGUUGAUACGUUAACAGUUUAUUGUUGUUUAAUUGUUUUCACCUGGAAUUAGCUAGUGAAUUACCUUCUGAAGUUUGAAAUUUACAGGAUCAGUGCGUAUAAGAUUCAUACACAUACAGAAAUAUAGUAUACCUACUUAAAUUCGGGAUCCACAUUCUUUGUAAAGAUGGAUCAGAGCAUCGGAGAUACCAGUACCUACACUCUUAUUACCGAAUUAUGUGGGCACUUGCUAAAAAAGCACUGCGUAGCCGAACAACAUCCUUAUAUUCCUCAAAAAGAUUACUCUGGAUCUUUAAAAAAAUUAAGGUCUAAAGCUUAUGGGAUAUUGUUAAAUAAGUCGCCGGAAACACACGAAUUGUACGUUUCGCAGAGGAGCAAAGACGGCGAUCCAAUAGUACAAUUAUUCAAACAUUCUUUUGUAUUAAAAGUAGGAAAAAAAUUUGUGGCAAAGGCUGAGGAAUUGGAAUCUCUUUUAAACGAAUUAAUCAAUACAGAGAAUGACAGAGAUUCAGCUGUCUAUUCAACUUUGCAAUUGUUGGUUGGUCUGAAACAAUUAGAAUCUGAAGAACAAGAGCAGAAACUUAAUGUUUUUCACUAUGGAAAAGCUAAUCCGCUACUGCCCGGAUCAUUAUGGAACGGCCGAGGUGUGACACCCUUUCAAAUUUAUCCAAUGGAGUCAUUUGUCAUACCUCAGAUAUUCGAGAAUAUGUUAGGUAUCCAGCACAGUUCUGUUAUACAGAACUGUGCAGUUGAGCCUGGAAGCAGGCUCUUGUUUUUAGGAAGAUUUAAAUCUACAACUACAAUGGCAAUUGAGUCCAUUCAAAGCGGGAAUCCAUUGGUUUCUAUGGCAUCUCUAUCAUCCAGAGGAAUAGUAGAGCUCGCCCCCUCGAGACAUUAUAAUAUGCCAUCACAUUUUUUUCCCAAUAUAGUGGAAGAUGUACAGGAGGUAGAGGACGAUUGUUAUGUAGAAAACGAAGAUUCGAUAUCAGAAGAGGCGUCGUCUUGGAAAUGUGUCAAUUGUCCACAAACAGAUCCCAGCAACUCUGACUCUUGGGAGGCCCAUGCAUCUGAUCAAAUUUUUAAUGAAAAUUCAAGUGCUUCUCAACUCGAGUUUUGUGAUAUCUGGGAAAAUAUGGUUACCAUACAGCCUGUUUCUAAUUAUCGAACGUGGGAAACCCUGGGUCAAUUUGACCCUCCAAAGCAGCCCCACUUCAUUACAGAAACCCCCCAAGCCAUGUUUCAUUUAAGAAGAAUAAAACUGGCCAACUUCCUACAAAUGACAUCAGUAAACGAUGAAGAUUCUGUGAAUCUGAUCAAAGAAAUCCCGAGCAAACAGUUUUUAUCAGAUCUGAAAUUGUUACUACUUGGAAUUGAGUCGGAGUCUUUUGUCUACGACAAUUUGUUAGGGUUUCAAUUGCAGCCAAAUUUGGCCAUCCCAGGACUGAGCAUUGAGGGUUUGAAAGCUGUUUGUGACCCUGUUACUCAGUGGGGGAAUUGUUUUAAGGCGUUGACCAUUCUAACAUCAUCGAAUUCACAAACAAGUGAACUGGAACAAAAAGGACUGAUUUUCAAAGCAAUGUGUAAUAAAAUCAAAGAAGUGCUCCUGCGCCAUCGCUUGGCAAUAGGUCGACUAUCGGUAGAUGAAGGAUCCACCGGACUGUUAGCUUUACUGGAUAAAGUUCGUCCUCUGUGUGUUAUAAUCACUGAACUAUCUAGGCUUUGUCGUUGCGAUAGCCAAAAUGAAGUAGAACUGGACAACGGGCUUGGAAUUUUGACUCACAUAUAUCAAGAGGUCACAAAAAUCACUCAACCAAGGGUGGCGUUUGUGUUUUAUUCUAUCCUAAAAGCUUGUUGCGAGGUUUAUUUUUGGUUUUUGCAAAAAUGGUUGUUCGAAGGUGUCUGCGACGAUGUAUACGGAGAGUUCAUGAUCAAAGUAAAACCGCAAUACCUACGGCAACGCGGGCAUAGAUUCUGGACUAAGGGGUUUGCGAUUAAUCAAAAGUCAGUACCUGGUUUCUUAAAAGAAUUGACUGACGCCAUUCUGCAAUGUGGAAAGGCCGUCAGACUUUUGAAAGUCUGUGAUUCUAAGAAUCCACUAUGUAGUGUCCUUGCAACUUCUUAUCCUGCAGUACGAGUUUGUCUGAGCGUAGGACAGCUUCGAGAACAACAAAUGCAUUGUAACGAGUACCUGGCCAGAGGUAGGUCAUCUUGUGGGCCGAUUAUUUCUCUGUGUUCAGCGCUCCAAGAAGAAAGAGAAAUAUUGAAAAAGAAGGCACAGAUUGUAAACGUUGUACAUCAGGAAAUGUUGGUGCGAAUUAAACGUGAACAAGAAGAAACGGCCCGACAAGUAGCCCAAGGAAAACGUGAAUUACUAGCAAAGUUGAAAGAUCAGGCGGAAGAGGCAGUGCUUCGGAAAGAAAAAGCAAAAGAAGCUCAAUUACAUGCAGAUCAAUUACUCAUGGAACGAAUCAACAGGGAGCAAAAAGAAGAAGCUGAAAAAUUACAGCACGAAAAAGAAAAUGUACGGACGUACUAUAACGAAUUGGCUGCGGAAGCUGACAGACGAAAGUUACACGCGGAUUGGCGAAUCAGGCGAAUGCAGCUAUUUGAUGAGAGAAUCGCUGCAUUGUAUGCAGCUAAGAACGAGUUAUGGCAAAUCAAAGAUCCGUCACGUACACCUGAUGUUGAGGACAACGCAAUCUCGGAUAAAGAGUUUCCAAAUGACGAUUGUGUGAACGCCACUGACAAAAAUGCAGAAAAAAAUGUCGAUCCACUUUCUAUAGAGAAUUCGGAUUGCAAUUCUGAUGAUAUCCGGUUGCCUGCUGAACCUGAUGAAACCGAAGUCGAUGCUAAUGCAAACCAACAGGGGGAUGAAAAUAGCAACGUGCCACCUAUCCCAACGGAAAAACUUUCUUCAGAAAAUACUACCGAAAAUAUGGAGGAUGAAGAGGUGACCGAAAGUAUUUCAGUAAAAUCACCACGGCCUACUGUACUGGAAAUAAAACCAAUUAGUUUAUCUACUGAGCCAAUUGAAAUAAGACAGGACCUGUUGGCGAAAGAUACAUUACAGAAGAAUAAAAAUAGGAUAAUGGGACAUACGGUAUUCGCAGGAGAAGAUUAUCGCGAAGAUCGAGGAAAUACUAAGAAUAACAUGCGAAAUUUCCUAUUCGAUAGAACCGAUAUUACAAACGAGGCGCUGGCGAACAGGCUGCGGAAUACUGGAAACUUAGACGCGUUUACUGAGUUGGAUAUAGUCGCUGAUAAAAUAAUCGCAAACAAGCUGGACCUUGAUGAACUAGCUGGUACUGAUAACAUGUCCGAAUUACAACGCAACAAACUUAAAAUAUUACGUGAAGAAUAUAAUUGGACACCCAACAACAACGAAAUGAAAGGCAUUAUCUCUGAAAACAGAAGAGGCGCUACAUUUGGACUAACGGAUCAUGAAAAAUGCGACGAAAUGAUGAUUAGUUCGACUACCGAAGAUCCUCUUUCCGAAAUGGAGAUAAAUAGAAAUCGAAAUGUUCAGCACCGCACUGAUCAGAGUUGCAACAACGUUCCAGAGAAUAAGGUCUCGGUCGAUCGUAAUUUAACAGAUGCUGAAAAAAACAGGGAAAAAAGUAUGGCGCAUCGAACAGGUCAAGAAAUGCCGACGAUGGUAAUUCCCGAAAAUAUCAUCACUGAACUAACCGAUGCACAAAAAAACAGAAACAGGAAUAUGCAACACUCUACCGAUCAAGGGAUGAAUGAUGUGCCAGAAGAAAUGGUCAGAAGUCAACCUGGUAUCUUGACCGACGCACAAAAAAAUCGCGCCAAGGUCAUGGAUCAAGAAUAUCACAUUUAUGGCAGCGCUCUUAUUGAGAAACUUGACAAUGACAAUGAUCUUGGAAUAUCUUUUCCAAUUUCAAAGUCAACUAGCUCUCAUCAAGUUGUUUUGGACACGACUACUCCGAUGUCUUGUACGACGGAUAAUUUCCCACUGUCUAUGAGCAGCAGCACGUCUCAGUUCCAACAGUGCAUGGAUACUCCUCUAUCAGAAAUGAGCAGCGAAAUGCGAUCCGUAUUAACGACUGGUGAAAUAUUGACAGCGGAUACUGUACGAUCCGACGUAACGGAAAGUGGUUUUAAAUUUCCAGAAAGAUCUCCGAUGUUCCCUAACUUUCUGGGCUUUGGUUCAGCCGCGAUGACACCGACUUCGGAAUCAACGUUAACUAUUGCUGAUGUGGAGAUGAUAGAUAAUACCUCACUUCAUGUUUACUUAGAAAAAUCCGUCAGGAUACCUUUACAAGUUCAAAGCAGUCUUGUAAAUGACGCCAUCAUAAAAUAUUUACUAGAAGAACACAAAUUCUUAUCUCAUUUACACAGCCUCAGAAGUUACUUCUUUUUAUUGAAUGGCGAAUUUGCAAAGAACUUGACUAAGUCACUGUUCACAAGGCUUUAUGAGAUUUCAUCCCCGGCAGAACUGUUAAAUUCAGCUACGCUGAACAAUCUACUUGUCAAGGCGCUCGUUGCCUCAUUGAGUGGCAGCUAUGCAAAUUCAGAGCGACUCAGCCUUUCCGUCACUGAUGUGCCUGGCCAACUGCAGGUGUCAAAUCCCGAAGCUUUAGAAUGCCUUUCUUUGAAUUACAAAAUUUCAUGGCCUCUGAACAUUAUUCUUGAUGAAAUUUCAAUGCUGCAAUACAGUAAAGUGUUCAAAUUUUUGUUAAUGGUUGGUCGAGUAAUGUGGGUUCUGCAAGAAGAUUUUCACCUUUUAAAAAUUGAAAGGAAAGCUGCUAACUCUAAACAAUACCACGCGAUACAACUAUUCAGACAUUCUAUGAUGCAGUUUAUGACUGCUCUGCACAAUUAUUUGACAUGCAGCGUACUCCAUGCCAGUUGGGCAGAAUUUGAAAAAGAUCUUGAACACGCUUUAACAAUCGAUCAGGUUUAUCUCACUCACGUGAGUUACAUAAAGAAGAUUCUUUCUCGGUGCAUGCUGAACCCAAGAGGAGAAAAAGUGCGGGCAUGUUUGCAUAAUAUCUUCAAAGUUAUCUUGAAAUUUCAUAACAGAGUACGGUCACAAAGUUGGGUCACAACUUCCAAAGGAUCGGUACAUCCAAAUUAUGUAAAACUCGAGCAAUUGUACAAAGCUUUUUGUGAGCUGCGGUCGUAUAUGGCCCACGUAGCUGAAAAACUAGCUAACAGCGGGUACCAACCUCACUUAACACAUUUUUUGAACGCGCUAAACAUAAAUUGCCUUUAUGACUUGAAUGUUAAAAGGAAAGAGUGAGUUACGCUAAAUGAAGAAGAAGAUCACAUUUUUGCAUUAUUUACGAUGCAGUUUCGGGUACAUUAGAAUGAUAAGUCCUAUUUAUUAGAUUGAAAACAGAUCUCAGUAUUACCAUCAGUUCCAAAAGUUUCAGAACUUCUGUGAAUAUUAAAUUAUUAGUGACCGUGAUCAGUAUUCAAGUGGCUUUUUUUAAUAUACGUGUCAUAAGGUUUGGAUCAACUCUGUACUGAUAUGUCACCUUAUUGCUCGUAGAUUUUUAUUUGUUUUCAAAAUUCGUUGCUCUCUGCACGUUCUGUCAACUCAUCUACUGAUAGUAACGUUGAAUUUUACGCUUCAAAAUUAGAAUUCAAACAAUGGUGCUUGUUAAUUCAAAUUUCUAGCCAUGUAUUUUUGUUUCUACUACGUACGUACAAUAUUCUCAAAAUAUGAGAAUAAUUACUUGUUAGACAAUAAUUAGUCAUUAUUAUUAACAAGUGUUAAUUAGCUCUAACGAUAAAAUAGGGUCUUGUUAUAAAGUUUAAUUAGCCAAGAACGCGUUGGUGAACACGUACUACUGUAAAUAUUAGCUGCUUGCAAAGAUUAGAGAAAAUAUAUAUUUUGGUUUUUUGGACUCAUUCAAAAUGUGAUGAGACAUAUUCAACGUAUCGGCUCGGCUACGUUGAAAUAUAAUUUGCCUAAGAUUCUUUCAAGUCAGGGAAGUAUGAAACAGAGCAUUGCUAAAUAACCGGCACAAGCCUAGUACAAAGACAGAAUUAAUUUAUACUCGCUUGGAUCAACUAUAUUGAAUCUUGAUCUAAAAGAAUGGUACUAAGUCACAAUAAAUCUUACCUAUGCUUCCACCAAGUCCGUUGAAAAAUCUGUAGAAUCAAACUUCCGAGAUCAGUGUUUUUGCCAACGCCUAGACAGAACAAAUACUCAGUUAAAUUAUUGGUCAUAAUUAGGAUCACAAUUUCAUGGCCUACGCCAAUCAAUCCCUAACAAGAAUGAUUUCGGAAGAAGAUGAUAACAGGGUGCACUCACGGGAUAAUGUUCGAAUUCAAUGAUCUAAUCAAAUAGUUCAUAUUACUGUUUGUGUUGCCGUAAAUAUUCGUUCACCUUUGAUGCUUUAUCGCUGUAUUAUGUAUUUGCUGUUACUGAAUAUAAGAAAAAUAUAUUAACACAAAUGUGA